UAAUAGUAAUUUUCAUUGAAUUUUUUAACAAUUUUUUUUUUUUGUGAAUACUUCUUGGGACUGUAAAUUGUGGACCGAGUUUUAUUUUUUUUGAAGAUAAUUUGUUUUCUGUUAAAUGAAGAUAAAAAUGAAAGAGUUGUGAAUUACGAUUUUUUAAUAUAUAUUGAUUACAAUGUACAGCUAGCAACUUUAAAAAUGGAUAGAAAUCAAAUGUUGUUGGAUAGCACUAUUUAAUUUUUUUAUAGAAAGGAAUUCUUUGGACGUGGAAUUUAAUUGGCAAUUUUGGAAAUAAAUUAACAAUGAAAAAAUAAAGCAUGCUACUAAUAGCCGCUUUUAAAUAUCGGAUAAAAUCAGCACCAAAGUAGAACUUGGUUACGUAAGUACUAGUCUCUGCGUCUAAUUAAAAAUACUCUGUCUCUAACUAAUAAUAUUACUCAUUUUCAAUUUCUUUAACCCUCAACGUACGAUACGAAGUACAACGCACCACUGAAGUUUUUCUUAAAAUAAUAAAAUAACAUUUCACGAAUCCCAAACAGGACUCUCUAGUCUCUCUAAAUGCUCUUUAUAAAUAACGUCGAUCCAUCUGCUCAAAACAACAAGUCAUCUUUCUACUUCUUCCUCUCUUUCUGAAACUUAUCAGAGAGUUGAGUGAUAAUCAAAAGGCAUAAUGGAGAAAGUGAGAGAGAUAGUGAGAGAAGGCAGAAGAGUAGGAAAAGAAGAUCCGAGAAGAGUAGUGCACGCUUUCAAAGUGGGACUUGCUCUUGCUUUGGUCUCUUCCUUCUAUUAUUGCCAACCUCUCUACGAUAACUUCGGUGUCAAUGCAAUGUGGGCAGUCAUGACCGUCGUUGUCGUCUUUGAAUUCUCUGUAGGGGCCACACUUGGGAAAGGACUAAAUAGAGCAGUGGCAACAUUGGUAGCAGGAGGACUAGGGAUUGGAGCGCAUCACCUAGCAAGUUUGUCCGGGCCAACAGUAGAACCCAUUCUUCUUGCCAUCUUUGUCUUUGUGCAAGCUGCAUUGUCGACGUUUGUGAGGUUCUUCCCGCGGGUGAAGGCAAGAUAUGAUUAUGGGGUAUUGAUAUUCAUAUUGACGUUCGCACUGAUAUCAGUGUCGGGGUUUAGAGAGGACGAGAUAUUAGAUUUGGCGCAUAAGAGACUAUCGACAGUGAUAAUGGGAGGAGUUAGUUGCGUACUUAUCUCUAUCUUUGUCUGCCCUGUUUGGGCAGGACAAGACCUUCAUUCUCUCCUUGCCUCCAACUUUGACACACUUGCCCACUUCCUUCAAGAAUUUGGGGACGAAUAUUUUGAAGCGACAGAGGAUGGGGACAUAAAAGAGGUGGAGAAGAGGAGAAGGAAUCUUGAGAGAUAUAAAAGUGUUCUCAACUCAAAAAGCAAUGAAGAAGCUUUGGCUAAUUUCGCAAAAUGGGAACCGCGUCAUGGCCAAUUUAGAUUUCGGCAUCCAUGGAAACAAUAUAUUGCCGUGGGUGCAUUACUCCGGCAAUGUGCUUGCCGGAUUGAUGCCUUGAAUUCAAACAUCAACUCAGAUAUGCAGAUCCCAAUGGACAUUAAAAAAAAAUUAGAGGAACCAUUAAGAAGAAUGAGCUCGGAGUCGGGGAAGUCAAUGAAAGAAGUGUCCAUUUCAUUAAAGAAAAUGACAAAAUCAUCUUCUUUUGAUAUCCAUGUAGUAAACUCACAAUCUGCCUGCAAAACUCUUUCAACUUUACUUAAAUCAGGCAUCUUAAAAGAUGUUGAGCCUCUACAAAUGAUCUCAUUGAUGACGACAGUCUCUCUGUUCAUUGACAUUGUUAAUUUAACCGAAAAGAUCUCAGAAUCCGUACAUGAGCUUGCAUCCGCAGCAAAAUUUAAGAACAAGACGAAGCCAUCCAGGUCAGAUUCGGGAAGGAUUGGUCAUGACAUGCCAAAUAAAUCUCAUGAUGAUCAUCAUCGUCAUCGCGUUGUUACAAUUUUAUGUGAUGUUGACACAUCAAACAAUGUUGAUCAAUCGCAUGGAGAGAUCUCAGUGGACUCAUGUCAUCAUGUCGCGAUAAAGAUUGACGAUGAUGAUUCGAUUCAUGAAAAACAUGAAGAUGGUGAUAUACAUGUACAUACGAGUCGUGUAUCAUGUGAGCACACUAAUGCUAGUGAUCUUUUAGUUAGUGGCGUUAAAAAGAAUUAGUAAUAAGCAAUAACUAACAAUUUAUUAUAGGAUUUAGAGGUGCCGGGAAGGGGACUAAUCAUGUAUAUUAAAUAAAGUUCCUUCGAACAGGAUUUGUUAUUAGGUCCAAUUACCUAAUUAAUUCGACCAUGUUUUUCCUCUGUUUUCCGAUUUUUGUGUUUCCAACCAAGUUAUGCAGUUUUUAUUAACUUGAAUGUAGGCAACAACAUUACACCGAUGUUUUCAGAUUACUACGUCUACGUGUAUGUUUCUUACGCUUGAAAUUUUCUCUGUAGUCGAUGAACUAGUGCAAUAUUUUCCGCAAACAAUAAUAGUAAUUUAAAAAAGCCAAUUGGUAAAUCAUAAAAGAAAGCUAAUAUAAAUCAAACAAUAUAAACCAAAUUUUGUUUUUUCAUGUGUACCUCCUUGAUGAUGCAGACAUGUGUAAAAUCUUUUCUAAUCCAAAACAAUAAAGGAAAUAUGUGUGUAUCAUCACUUUCUAUGAUAAAUACGUUUAUUAAUUAUUCGUUACAAACUUACAAAUUCAUAUCUAAGAAGUUGAAGGUUGAUACAACUGAUAAUAAUUGCAGAGAAAUUGAGAAAAUUUAAACUGAAAAAUACUUAUGUGUAAAGUCAAGUAA